GGGGUCUGGAAGAGGAUGGAGCGAGGAGGGGAGAGUCCCGUCACCCAGGACAGUCCUGAGCGGAGGGGGGGCAGCCCGGACCUCAGCGGUCUCCCACCGCCAGGGAAGAAGGGCCGGCUGGAGCUCAACGGGAGCCCCACCGGGCCACGCAUGCGCCACAACGGAGCCCCUCCGAGACCCCUGGGAGGUCUGAUGAUUCCCGUCUUCUGUGUGGUGGAGCAGUCCGAUGGAGGGAUUCAGACGGACGGAUGUGAGGGCAGAGAGGAGCACGCCGAGUUUGUCCUGGUCAGGAAGGACAUUCUCUUCUCCCAGCUGGUGGAGACGGCUCUGCUGGCCCUCGGCUACUCGCACAGCUCAGCGGCGCAAGCCCACGGCAUCAUCAAGGUGGGAAGGUGGAACCCUCUCCCCAUCCACUUUCUGACCGACGCCCCAGAAGCUACAGUUGCCGACAUGUUGAUGGAGGUCUACCACAUGGUCACACUACGUAUUCAACUACAAAGUUUUUCAAAACUGGACGACCUGCCCUGUGAACAGUGGAACCACGCCACUGUCAGGAACGCUCUCAAAGAGCUGCUGAAGGAAAUGAACCAAAGCACUCUGGCCAAAGAGUGUCCCCUGUCACAGUCUCUUUCUCUCUCCAUAGUGAAUAGUUCCCCCUAUACCCAUAGUUCCACUAUCAAAAAUGCCAAAGUUUGGGGAAAGAAAAGAAAGAAAAUCAAAGCUGUGGAUUAUCUGGAGAAGAUGUGGUCUGGACGAGAUGCUGCUGACAUCAAAAUAGAGAGAGACAACAUGGCAGACUUCUGUGUGCUGGGCCAGAGACCACCUCCUCACUUGGCCGGCCUCACCCAGCUCAGCCACCUGGGAGCUGGCAGUCCACUCCUCAAAGCAGGAUCUGGAGAUCCGCAGGCCGCCUCCCAGCCACCCCAGCAGCCUCCACCUCCCCAGCAACAGCCCUCGCCCCACGGCCCCCUCCACCACAGCCCUCCUCUCCGUACGGGCCAGGUGGCUCCUCCGCCCCCUCCGCCCCCGCCUGGUGCCCUGCAGCCCCUGCUGGGGCCAGGUGGGCUGCUCUCCCCUCAACUGUCCCCGCAGCUGGUACGUCAACAGCUCGCCAUGGCCCACCUCAUCAACCAGCAACUAGCCGUUAGCCGCCUGCUGGCCCACCAGCACCCCCAGGCCCUCAACCAGCAGUUCCUCAACCACCCGCCCAUCCCUCGGGGUUCAUCCAAAGCUGGCGGCGACCAUCCCGGGAGCAACCCCUCGGCCGCUGAGGUCUCCUCUGAAAUCUACCAGCAGGUCAGAGACGAGCUGAAGAGAGCUAGUGUCUCCCAGGCCGUGUUCGCCCGUGUGGCUUUCAACCGCACACAGGGCUUGCUGUCAGAGAUCCUGAGGAAGGAGGAGGACCCUCGCACAGCCUCACAGUCCCUGCUGGUCAAUCUGAAAGCAAUGCAGAACUUCCUCAACCUGCCUGAGAGCGAGAGAGACCGAAUCUACCAGGAGGAGAGAGAGCGCACCAUGAACCCUUCGGUCGGCCUUCCUGCCUCCAACUCCUCCAACCCCGGAGCUCCACGCCUCUCACAGAAAGUGUGGGAGAGGAGCUUGGAUGACCAGAUAACCCCUGAUACCUGGGCCUCCAUCUGGAAGAACAAGACUAAGAUCUCCAACUCGCCCAAGCCGUCCGGCCCGGCCCCCGACCUCCCACUGAAGCUAGAGUCGCUGGUCAACAUCACGUCAGGCAUCUAUGACGAAAUUCAGCAGGAGAUGAAGAGAGCCAAGGUGUCCCAAGCUCUGUUUGCAAAGGUGGCCGCCAACAAGAGCCAGGGCUGGCUGUGUGAGCUGCUUCGGUGGAAGGAGAACCCCAGCCCAGAGAACCGCACCCUGUGGGAGAACCUGUGCACCAUCCGGAGGUUUCUCACCCUGCCGCAGGCCGACAGAGACCUGGCUUACGAGGAGGAGUCCAGACACCAUCACAGCGAGAGGCUGCACACCGUCCUCCACCUCCCGCAGGACACACAGGUGUUUUGUCUUUCUCGCCAGGCGCUCCACAGGCCACCCCCGAACCCGAUGAAGGAGCACCGCCUGUCUCCGAUGCGUGAAGAACCAUUAUCUGCCCCGGGGAACGAGGAGGGGUCACAGAACGUGGGAGCAGGAGCUGCAGGCGGAUGUCAACCUGGCAAUGUUGGCAGCGCUGGGAGCAACAAGAAGCCACGAUCACGUACUAAGAUUUCCCUGGAGGCCUUGGGUAUCCUGCAGAGCUUCAUCCAGGACGUCGGCCUGUACCCAGACCAGGAGGCCAUCCACACCUUGUCGGCACAACUUGACCUGCCCAAACACACCAUCAUCAAGUUCUUCCAGAACCAGCGCUACCACGUCAAGCACCACGGUCGCCUCAAGGACCUGGGCGAGGGGGCCGCCGCCAGCGGGGGUGUGGACGUCAGCGAAUACAGAGAGGAAGAGUUGCUUUCGGGCUCAGAGGACCCAGAGUCCAGCGAGGACGGAGCUGAGGAGAUCUACCAGUCCACAGAGGGGAGCGGCGGGAGCACAGGGGGGCUGAACCAGCCUCCGGCCUCCUCUAGCACCAGCUCCAGCCAGUCGUCCUCAGGAACCAACGUGGCUCAGGAGGAGGGCAAGGACAAGGGGCACGGCCGGCCUGGUGGCAACAUGGCCCCCGGGAGCUCCUCAUCCAGUCCUAGAGAUCAGGCCGACUACCAGAGGUAGAGACUGACAAACAGAGGAGAGGAGAGAGAAAACGAGAGAGGGAGAAGAAACCAGAAAAAGAAAGGGUCUACACUAAAGAAAUGAGAAAUACGGCUGCACAGAAACUGCAUGAGACAUAAAUGUCUAUGUAGGCACAGAUUAACCAAGAAACCAUUAGACUGAAAUACUGUACAUGGCUGAAACCACGGGACAGACUCUUUAUAGUGACAAUCUCAGACAGACAUCUGUGAAACCCUGAUUUGUGGAGUGAAAUUACCUCAGCAAAAGACAGCAGGUUUGCAGUGUGCUGUGACAGCGGCAGUGGCUGUGUAACUGUGAAACAGUUUCCCGAGAAAUGCUCAAAUGAUUCACUCCAGACUUUCAUUAGCAGGUAAGACUGUUGCUGCUCAGGCCUCCAACCUACAGACAGACACAGACGCAAAAACUAAAUCUCCAGAACUUUCUCCCAAUCAGCCAAUCACCGGAGAAGAAACCCCACGGAGACGGGAUGGGACGGGAUCUCUUCGGCAUGGGCCAGGAAUUGUCCCUGCUCCUCCUCUCUAAAAACUGAGCACAGUCCCAUUGGACAUACUCCCGACAUGCUGGGUUGAACUUAGCCCGCUGAUCGACGUUUAUAGACUGGAGCCUGGGGCUUUCUGAGACCUCUACAACCCUAUAAAAAAAUCCUCAGGACACACACUGAUGUUGCUAAUGCUGUUGCCUGCCUGAGAACAUGGACAGACGCGUCAUUUCAUAGUGGAAGAAGGAAACGACCACCCGCCGUCCCGUCCUCACCGCACCAUCACACUCCAGAAUCACUACCAGUCCUAUCUAGCACUUACUGAUCACCAAGACACUGAUAUUU